UUAACAAGUUAUGUUGUGUGCCGGGUUCUGUUCAAGCGAAGCAGCUUGCCUUGAAAUUUCGAAUUAAAUGGCAUUUUCGAAAUUGUUGCGCGUGAAACAAAAUAAAACAAAUAAAAAAAACACAAACACACACAUACACAACUCUGGAUACACUCGUUUAAAUAUUAAGUGAACCGCAAUGAUGAUGCUAAGUGAAGAUAUCGAACUCGAUCGUGCGCUGGACCUUUGCAAGCUUAUACAAAAGGAUCUAUCCUAUUGUGUGGGCAUAGUGAAGCGCCUGGAUAACAAAUACAAUGAGCCAUAUCGUUAUGCCAUCAAUAUGAAGCCAUUCGAUGUGGAUUCAGCAGCCAAACCGCCCAGUGUGGUGAGCUUUCCACGCUUUAGUUUCAUACGCACCAUGAGCAUGCCCAGGGGCAGUCGCAGCGGCGGCGGCGGCGGCGGCGAUCGAGUCGAAGGACGCAGCUCGCAUGAGCUUAAUAUGGUAUUUGUUGAUUUGAAAAGUAAAUGCAUCAAGUUGCGGCGCGACUUGGAGGCAACAGCAGCGCAGGCGCAGCGUUUGGCCGUCUUAAGCUUGCGGCAAGAUCGAGUGCAACAUCGCAUGUUGAAAGAUGCACAAAGCUCGGAAACAUUUGUCUGCAAGCAUUGGGGCAACAAUGCGCCGCAGCGUGUCUCCAGCUACAGACGCUUGCCACCACCACCAAGAAAAGACUAAAUUAGCAGGCAUAAAAUUCUUAGAAAAAUAUUUUCUAAACGCAGCAAAUUUUCAAGUUCAUGUGUUUUACAGUAUUUCUUCUUUUUAUUAUGUUUUUUUUUUGUAUCGUGCAAGUUUGGCGCUAAAGAAAAUUAAAGCGCUAAGAGCAAAAGUUUUGUAACAUGAAAAUGAGGCAAAAGUUGAACUGAACGCAGCGCCAAACUGACAACUGACAAUGAUGAUGAUGAUAAUGAUGAUGGCCAACGACGACACUCUUGCAACAUGUAGCAAAUGCAAGUUUUACAUGUAGCCUU